AUGCGAGGGCCGUGUUUCGUAAACGAAGCCGCCAAAUCAAACCCACGCCAGCCGUUUAUUUAUUAUCUAUCUAUCUAUCAAUCUAUCUAUCUAACUCUUAUCUAUCAGUUUUUCAUUAUCUAUCUAACUACAUAUCUAUCUAUCAGUUUGUUCAUUAUCUAUCUAUCUAUUUAUCUAUCUCAGUGUGUUCAUUAUCUAUCUCACUACUUAUCUAUCUAUCAGUUUAUUCAUACCUAUCUUUCUAUCUCAGUUUAUCCAUCUAUCUAUCUAUCUAUCUAUCUAUCUAUCUAUCUAUCUCAUUCUGUUUAUUAUCUGUCUAUCGACCGGUCUAUCGAUCUAUCUAUCUACGUCAGUCCUUUCGUUAUCUAUCUAUCUAUCUAUCUAUCUAUCUAUCUAUCUAUCUAUCUAUCUAUCUAUCUAUCUAUCUCUUCACUGUUUUUUUUUUCCGUUCCUUUCUUCUCCCGCUCCCCCUUAAACUAUCAUGACCCUUCUCUCUCUACCUCCAGCAAAUUUCUCGUUCGCGUCAAUAUCUAUCUCUUUGCAACUUUCUGUUCAUAUCUACAUCACUCUCUGUGUGUCUGUCUGUCUGUCAGUUCUUAUCUCUCUCUGCCUCUCUACUUUAUUCUUCAUCUAUCUUUUCACAACUCUCUUUUUAUAUAUGCAUGUUCUCUUCACAUCUAUCUAUCUAUCUAUCUAUCUAUCUGUCUGUCUGUCUCUCUGUCUGUCUGUCUGUCUUAG